CCAUAUAGAUUAGACUUUGGUCAUAUUGUGAAGAAUUUACUGUGUUGUAUAAUUUUUACUGGAGUACGAUUUUGAAGAUGUUUCUUCCUCAGUUAUUAAAUACAACAUUGGUUAACACAAUGAUUAAGCGGCUGUUCUCUCAAAGUCAACCAUUGCGGCAGGGAGUAAAUAACCACAGCCCUAACAAUAUGGAAAAACGUUUUUUGGUUUGGAGUGGCAAAUAUAAAAAUAUCGAAGAAGUUCCAAAUUUUGUAAGUCCCGAAGUUAUGGAACGUUGCCGCAAUAAAGUACGUAUACGUUUAGCCAAUAUAAUGAUGCUUCUGACAGUAAUCGGUUGCGGCGUUAUGGUGUAUAGUGGAAAAGAGGCAGCGAAACGUGGUGAAACGGUCACUAAACAAAACCUCGAUUGGCAUAAAAACCUAUGUGAUGGAAUGGAGUUUUGAGACUGGGCCGCAUUUCGUCUCGGCUAUUAGUGCAGAAGCGUCUAAUGUGUAACAUGUACAUUUUCGUCUUUUUAAUGUUUCGGUUGGUCAAGUGUGUGUAACUGGAACGAUUAAGGCGCGGUUGAGUGGUAUAAGUGAAUGGUCACCAUCGCAAAGCAGUUCAGCCCAAGGGUGACUUGUUAUAGUCUGCUGGCAUUUAAAGAUAUCUUUACAUUUUUUUUAUUUUUUAUUUUUUAUAUUAUACUACACAUAUGUAUAUAAGUAACCGUAUGUAAGAUAACCAAAAAAUUUCCCACAAUUACGUGAAGCACAUACCAAAACAAAAAGAUGUCUUCACUUAUUACACUUGCACAUGCUGUUGUUGGAUAAUGACGACUCGUUAUAAAUGUCUGGUUUAUUUUAUUUGAUGAACUGCCAAAUAAACCGCCUGUAAACGGGACCCCCUAACUAACUGCUACACUUAAUAAAUUUCAAUUUUUUGUUCGCAUUUAUCCGCCUAAUACGCUUGAAACGACGUAAUCAUGCAAAGAUUUAAAUAUUUCUAAUUCUCUUAAUUCCAUUAUCAUACACUACGUUGCUAUAAAAUCCAACGGAUUGACAUUUAUCAAUUAAUAAUAGUAUAUUUGUAUUUAAUAAUAAAAAUUAAUAAUUAAUUGCAUAUAACUAGUGACUCUUGAAUGUGACAUAUAAAAACUGCAGAGUAUUGAAAGUGUACAAAAUCGGAUAAAUACUGUCUUCUCGAGCUUGUUUAUGUUUAUGUAUGUGUUUUCGUUUCUUUUUUAAGAGAUGUUCAUAUUCACCUUCAUAUAACUCUAAUGUGAAAUUAGUCAGUAUUGAAAGCAACUUUGACCGACCUUUUCAGGAAAACAUAAAUGCCUUAAACAAAGUCUUUCAUAUUUUUGUAUAUCUUGUGACGAAUUGCUUUAACAAAAAAAAUGCAUCUUCUGCGUAAGCAUACAGCUUAUGCAAAUAAAUAUUCAAUAAAGAAUAAAUUUUUGUAUAAUGUUUACUUGUCGGCCAAUAAGUCUAAGUCCAUAUAUUUUUCGUAAUGAAAAGAAAGAAAACGUAUUUCAUUAAAACACUAUUGAGACAUAUGUUAACAAUCAAUCGACAUACGUGAGUACUUAGCGGAAAUCGCAAUUGGCAAACCUCGUUUGGGAUCGAUUCAAAGUUGAAUUUGUUCGAGAUUGGCCAGAGAGUAAAGGAGAACGUUGCAAUUUCCGAUUACAAUGCCCUCUAGCCAUCUUUUCGUGUGUUCGUUUUGAGCUCCGAUAGAGUAUACCUACUAGUUCCGUCAUUCCAUUUGACUAAAUUUUCAAAUUCAAAAUAAAUAUCAAAACUCCGACGCACAUCAUCAAUAAAAAUUGGUCUCAUUCGCUUAUAAGCACACUCGUAAUAGUUGACAAACUUUUCCAAUAUGAAAAUAGAAACGCAACUUAAAGCUUUCACCAGAGAUCUAUUCGAAUUUUUUUUAUAUGGCCGUGUUUUCCGAUCUUACUUAGGGAUUCGGGCGAAAAGGAGCCCCACCUCGCAGUCCAUUCAUCCAUUUCUUUUUUUUAGCCUAUCGUGAGAAUAUUAAGAAGA